AAUGCAUAUCUGGCUUACUUUUAUAAAGCUCAAGUAGUAUUGUGCUUCAAUAAAAAGCUGAGGGGCUUGUCUAUACAGACUGUCACGUUUUAGCACUUAAUAUAGUAGAGCAGCAGUAUAACCUUGCUGCUCUUUCUUACUAUUAGCAUAUGUUGCAUCGCUUACUUUGAAUGUUCAAAUAGUUUCACAUUGCAAAGAUGUCAAUUUUUUAGAGCAAGAAGACUAAUACAUAUAGUUCUAAAUAUGCUGUUACUAAGUUAUAAAUGUCAAUUAAGUUUAUACAUUUUUGUGGUGUGACUUAAAUUUCUUGUCAAUAUGUCAGGCAUAACGUUAGUAGUUUUGCUGCUUGCUUUAACUGUGCAUGGGGAGUCAGCAUUAACAUCUGUUGUGCGAACCAAUAAAGGGCCUGUUAGAGGAGAAAUUUUAACAACAGUGCAAAAUGAACUCGAGUUUGCAGCAUUCAAAGGUAUUCCAUAUGCCAAGCCACCAGUAGGCGAUUUGAGAUUCAAGCCUCCAGUAGAAAAAGAAGCAUGGGAAGAUGUAUUGAGUGUUACUACAGAAGGAAGUAUGUGCAUUCAAUAUAAUAGUACAGAUUCGACUGUAGUUGGUUCAGAAGAUUGUCUAUACAUUAAUGUAUUCACACCACACACACAAUUCGAUGAAUCUCUUUCUAAGCCUGUUAUGGUUUGGAUACACGGGGGAGCGUAUAGAACCGGUAAUUCAAAUGCCUCGUAUUAUGGACCUGAUUUUCUUCUCGAAGAAGAUGUGGUUGUAGUGUCCUUCAACUAUCGACUAGGGCCGCUUGGAUUUCUAAAUUUGAAUCACGAAAAUGCGUCUGGUAAUUACGCGUUAAAAGAUCAAAAUUUGGCUCUGAAAUGGGUCAAAGCAAACAUUGCUAACUUUGGCGGUAAUCUAGAUAAGAUAACAAUUUUUGGCCAAAGUGCUGGAUCUGUCGCUGUUGAUUUGCAUGUUCUCUCGGACAUGUCUGCUGGAUUAUUUAGUCAAUCUAUCUCCAUGAGUGGAGCGCCUUUAUGUUUGUACUGGGGUUUCCAAACUUCUUUGGAGGCAGAAAAAGCAGCUUUCUUACUCGGAUCGAAAUUAGGCACCAAUACGCUAAGCAAAGAUACUUUACUCAAAACUCUCGUCGAAGCUUCAGCUGUAGACAUUAUAAAUAAAACUAAUGAUAUUCCAUUGAUUCCAUUCAGACCCACGAUUGAAAGCACUGCAAUUGCUAAAAAGCAGCAAAAGUUCUUAACAGAAUGUUCGCUGAAGAAAUAUUCCAGUGGUAAUUACAACAAGGGGCCACAUAUGAUGGGUUUUACGUCAUCUGAAACCGUCGCUUUUGCUGGAAGUGCUAGUAAUUUGUUGGAUAUGGCUACUGCAGCAUUAACCUCUAUUAAAACAGCCACUCUUAAUAUCAACCUUCCUUUCAUAAGCGAGGUCGCUGCUAUGUCUACCGAUGCUAUUGCAAAUUUGACGGAAUCAGCAUUGUAUCAACUGAUUGACGAAACAUCGGAUUUGCUAUUUGUUACUGGAAUCGAUUCAAAACAACAGCUGCUCCGACUUCAUAACAAAUACCCAAUUUAUUAUUAUAGAUUUUCAUUCAAUUCAAAUUAUUCUGCCCAUAGGACUGACGGUGUUGAUCUCGAUGGUGUUGGUCACGAAGAUGAAUUACCCUAUGUAUUCUAUAGGCCACAAGUAGAGCUUCCUUUGGAUCAACCAGAGAUCGAACUUACGAGAAGGAGGAUGGUACGACUAUGGACUAACUUUGCUAAAUAUGGAAAUCCAACUCCCGAUGGCAGACGCGACCGCGAAUUGGGCGUAACAUGGCCAGAUUCUGGACUUCUAGGAAGACAUUUAGAAAUAAACAAAGAUCUCGCAGUCGGAUUACGCCCUACAGAUGUUUCAGUGAAGGCUUACGAAGUAGCGGGACUUGGAGCAUCUCCUAUAUUAAAUGACUGUUCCAAAAAUAUCAUUUCUGGCGCGAUCGAUGGAAUAACGAAUAUAUUUGGUUAGCGAUAAUACGUUUCACUUGUAAAUAAAAAUAUAUUCUAGAACACUCUUUUUCUUUUCAAA